GCUGAGGGUGUCCUCAAUAUGAUCCUUGAAACAAUAGACAAAUUUUCAGCAAUGGAAGCACUCCCCAAUUUUGCCUCUCUUAUUGGUAUUAGGAACCAAUUAAUGUGGGAAGAAAUUUCAACAUAUUUAUAUCUUCUUGUUGCUGCAAUGAUAAAAGGAAAUCAUUCAAACUGCGCUCAAUUCGCUGCACUUCUUCGACUUGAUUGGCUUUUUGGUAGAUUGGCGAAUCCUCAAUCGGCAGAAGGAAUUUUGGAUGUUCUCUAUUGUGUUUUAACUGAAUCACCUGAGGCACUCAAUAUGAUAAAUGAGGGGCAUAUUCGUUCGGUUAUCUCUCUGUUGGAAAAAGUUGGACGUGAUCCUAAAGUACUUGAUGUACUUUCUUCUCUUUGUGAAGGGAAUGGUAUGGCUGUUCGAAGCAGUCAGAAUACAAUAACAGAUUAUUUGCUUCCUGGCAAAGAUUUACUUUUACAAACAAAAAUGAGAGAUUAUGUUGCUAGUUUAAUUCCAAAUAUUCUCGUUGGUCUAGUUGAUGGAAGUUCCCUUUUCAAACGUUGGUACUAUGAAGCUGAAGUUGAACAUGUUGAGGCUUGUGAAGGUGCCGAUGAACCACCUUAUUUGCGUGUUGGGUGGGCAAAUAGUGUUGGAUUUAAGCCUUUUCCUGGACCAGGCGAUGGUUGGGGAUGUGCUGGAGUUGGUGAUGAUUUUUGUUCUUAUGGUUUUGAUGGAAUGAAUAUGUAUUAUGGUGGAAAGCCUCGACAGGUUGGCCACAGGUUAUUAAGGAAGGGUGAUGUUAUUGGUUGCCUACUUGAUUUAAUUGCCUCAGAAAUACGUUUUACUUUAAAUGGUCAAGCAAUUUAUUCACUUUUUAAAAAUUUCAAUGUUGAUGGAUUUUUCUUUCCAAUUAUGUCAUUAUCUGCAAAAGUCAGUUGCCGUUUUAUUUUUGGACGAAAUCAUGGUCGCCUCAAAUUUGGACCUCCUUCAAGUUUCUCUCCCGUCUUUGAAGCAUUAAAUAGCCAAUUAACGGUACAAGAAUGUCUUUCCUUCGGAGACAUUCCCAAACAAAUCUUCUCUGGUCCAUCAACAAUUCUUCAUUCAAUUGAGCCUUUUGUGCCAACACCUAUAGAAACAACUAAUAUUUCUUUACCUGGAUUUGCAUUGGAAGCACAUAUGAAUUUUGCAGAGAAUUUACAUGAACUUUGGGCAAUGAGGAAAAUUGAUUUAGGAUGGAGUUAUGGAGAAGUUCGUAGCGAACAAAACCGACUGCAUCAUUGUCUUACAUCCUUCGAUCAUUUACCUGAUGCCGAACGUGCUUAUAAUAUUAAUUUGGCCCUUGAAACAUUAAAAACUAUCGAGGCUCUUGGUUGGCAUAUGAUGCUUGAUAAACCCCCAACACGCCUUCGUCCACUUAGACUUCCCCAAAGUUAUGUUCAGUCAAAUGGAUACAAGCCUCAACCUCUGGAUACUCAUGAAAUUGAAUUACCUGAAGGAAUGCAACCUUUAAUUGAAGCUUUAGCUAGAAAUACACACAAUGUAUGGGCAAAGGAGAAAAUUAAAAGAGGAUGGACUUUUGGAAUUAGUGAUUACGUGGAUGCAGUCCAAAAACGAACUCCACACUUGGUUCCCUAUGAACAAGUUGAUGAACGCAUAAAAGAAGCAAAUAGAGAAGCUGCUGCUGAAAAUAUUCGAACUCUUCAACUUUAUGGAAUUUAUUUAGAAACACCAAUAACCGAAAGAGAUUUGGAGGCAGAAAAGGAAUUGCAGGCACUUGAUGCUUUGACUAGAACUUUUAGAGCAGAGGCUACUUAUAAAGUGAUUAAUGGAAAGUGGUAUUAUGAAUUUGAGGUCCUAACAGAAGGAUUUAUGAAAGUUGGCUGGAUGGACGUCUCAUCCCAACCAGAGAGCAAACUUGGUGUUGAUACUUUAAGUUAUGGCUUUGACGGACAUUUGGUGAAAAAAUGGCAUCAAGGUGCUGAACAUUAUGGGAGGGCCUGGAAAAUUGGUGAUGUUGUCGGCUGUUUUUUAGACCUGAAUGAUCGGACUAUUUCCUUCUCUUUGAAUGGCGAACUUCUUUUAGACCCCUCAGGGAGUGAAAUGGCGUUUGAUAAUGUACAACCUACUGAUGGUUUCGUUCCUGCAAUGACUUUAGCAGCAGGUCAAAAAGGAAAAUUUAACUUUGGCCAGGAUUCCAAUUCUCUUAAAUUCUUCACCACUUGUGGGCUCCAGGAAGGAUAUGAGCCUUUUUGUGUAAAUAUGUUCCGCCCCAUGCCUUUUUGGUAUGCGAAGAGAUUGCCUCGUUUCACAGAAUUAGAUAGCCAUACUCGUUUGGAUGUUCAACGAGUACCAGCAACUACAACAUCUCCUCCUUGUUUGAAAAUAUCACAAAAAGCAGCAAUUAGCGGAGGGGGGAGUGGAGACACUGCUGUAGUUACAGGAAGUACUGCAGCUGGAGUAGGUGGACAAGAAACUGGUGUAGGUAUAGGCCUGCCUAAUGAACGGUCUACUUCAAGAAUGGAAUUUUUACGUUUAUCAUUGCCUGUUAAAUGUAACCGUACUUUUAAUAAGAAUAGCCGAAGCAAAGAAGAAUUACAUGCCAAAAUGGAAGAUUAUCAACAAAAAAGGAACACUUCACUUAGUUCUUUAAUUAAAUUAGGUCAGACAGCUGCUAUCAAUGGAGAACAAUUGACAAUACAAAGCGAGGCUAAUAAGGCAUUUAUUGAUAAACUUUUUCCGAAAAAUCUAAUUUUAUUAAAUAAAUUUACAAUAAUUUUAAAGGCUCGUGGAAAGAAAGGCCUCCUUUCUGUUUUCCGCCAAGGCAGUCAAGAACCAUUAGACCCUGAUCGACGUUCACAACGUACUUACAAAACAUCCUCUUUUGACUCUUCUCCAGAACAUCCAAUAAUGGAUGGGGCUGCUGCUAUGCUUGUUAAAUCAAGUUUAAUGGAAUUAAGUCCUGAAGAAAGAAAAGCAACAAAGAAAAGUUCUGGGGGAAUUUUGGGAAGAAUCCGCCAAAAACAGCAGCAAAAAGAUGAAGUUAAAAGGCAUCAGAGAACAACAGAUGACACUUAUGGUCUGAAAGGACUUGAUACAAUUUCUGCCAGUGGGAUAAGUCGAGCUGAUGCUGCUGAAAUUACAGGAGAAAUGCCCUCCUCUGGGCCUGGUCGUCAACCUACGAUUGUUGCCAGAAGGACUUCUCCUUUAAAGAAACGUUUUGGAGUAGGUAAAAGACAUCAACCUAUGCCAGCUAUGUCAUCGACUGUUAUACCACUCAUUGAAAUGAGAGAACCUUCUUUAGUUGAUGGAACUCAACGAUUUUCACUUGUUGCUCCAGCUGAGGAAGUUGGGCCAGUAUUAGAUGAUGUACUUUCUAUGCAGGAAAUGGGCGAUCAGAUUGAUGAAUAUUACUUUGGCGUACGCAUCUUUCCCGGUCAGGAUCUUUCGAACGUCUGGGUUGGAUGGGUUCGUCCACAAUUCCAUGCUUAUGAUAAGCAAUUUAAUGCUGAAAAUUCUGUUCGUAGAAGUCGUUAUACUGAACUUGACCAUCAAGGUGAUACAGCAGGAAGUAUUGAAUAUCGCAAUUGCUAUAUGUUGAAUGCGGCAGAAUUACUUUCCACUGUUGCUGACCCAAGCAACACAAAAGUAUCAGGAUUACUAAUUGGCUGUUUAAUUGAUACAUCAAUUGGAGAAUUAGCUUUUUAUGCUCAAGGUCAAGAUACUGGAAUGCGUUUUAAACUUGAACCGGAAGCUCUACUUUUUCCUUCUGUCUUUGUUCAACCAACAAGCCAAGAAAUUCUUCAAUUUGAAUUGGGACGAAUUAAAUUUACUUAUCCUCUUUCAUCUGCAGUUUUUAAAUCUUCAGCUAAAGCGCUUAUUCCUUAUUGCCCUCCUCGACUCUGUGUAGAAAAUCUUCGUUCAGUUCAUUGGGCAAGAGUUCCCAGCAAAACUCUUAGAGCGAGUGCAAUAAAACUUUCAGAUUCAAUUGGCUGGUCGGUGCUUUGUGACGAGCCAGUUCGCGCUCUCAUGGUCUACAUUCCUGAACGUGACGAAAGCAUUGAUAUUCUCGAAUUAAUUGAGAAGCCCGAUUUACUUGCUUUUCAUGAACGUACAUUGUGUCUUUAUUGUAAAUUAGCAGCACAUGGAAAUCAAAGGGUUGCUCACCAACUUUGUUCUCAUGUUGACGAAAAACAAUUAAUAUUUGCUGUACGCAAUCCAAACCUGUCUGGACCAAUGCGGCAAGGAUUAAUUAACUUCCUCAUUGCAGUACAUCUGAAAACUCAUGCAGAUGCCCGACUUUCAAUGGCUAAAGAAUUUAUAAUUCCUCUUGUUGAGGAUGGAUUAAAUGACAAACACGUUUUUGAUGCAAAAUCUGAGGGACGUUAUCCACAAAUACUAGGAUCUGUUGUUGGAAUCUUGCCAACAAUGAAGGCUGAUCCUGUUUUGCAACCAAAAAUGCCUGUAUCUGCUCCUUUAGUUUUAUCCCCUGUGCCAACAGUACGAGAUUCUUGUUCUACUGCCGCAGAUAGUAGUAGCAGUAAUCGUCUUUUACCUCCUCAAUUGAAUUUUCUUCGUCUUAAAGAGCAUGUAAUGAAUGCUUUUCGAAUGGCUACUCGAAAUGCUGUCCUUAGUUGUCGAGAUUUUAUGGGUGGAGGAAAUUUGGAACAUUUUGAACCAAUUCUUAAAUUGCUUGAUUCUCUUCUAAUAAUUGGUUUAAUAACAGACGAAGAACUUGUCGAAAUACUUCAAUUAAUUCAUCCAGCAUCAUUUGGUAGCAACAAGAUUCAUAAUGAUACAUUUACUCCUGUUGCUAAAGGAUUGGCAGAUAUUGAAUUGGCUGAAGGUGUUAAACUUCAACUUGUUAGCAUUCUCGAACAUUUAUGUGAUAUACAAGUACGUCAUAGAAUAGAAUCUCUUGCAGCAUUUAGUGAUGGCUUUGUUGCAGAGUUACAACAAGACCAGUGUCGCCGGUAUUUGGAGAUUAAACAGACAGAAAUGCCGCCAGCUGAAGCGGCAAAACGAACAAAAGAAUUUAGAUGUCCACCAAAGGAGCAGAUGUAUCGACUACUCAAUUGUAAAGUAAAGGAAGAUGGGGCUAUGCGAUAUAUUGAUGAUGAGGCCGAUGAAGAUCAAUGCCCAACAUCGGAGAAUUUACAGGAUCAAUUAAGAGAAUUUUGUCAAUCAUUAGUUUUUAAAGUUAGCCAUAAAAGAGUUUCAAUUUCUGAAAGAGAGGGAAGUAAAGCUAAGGAAGAAGGACAAAUUGAAGAGGAGGAAGAAGAGCUUUCAUGGGUUGAUAAAUUAGCUCAAUUACUUAUUUCAGUACCUCCCAUCGAUAGACAAAAUUCUAAUAAAGAUGAACAUCAAGGGACUGAGAAAUUUAGACAAUUAAUUGUUUUAACAUUGAGACGUUGGGCUAAUGAAUCAGAAAUUGAAUCUAAUGAACUUAUUAGAGCAAUAUUUGCUCUUUUAUUAAGGCAAUAUUCUGGAGUUGUCGAAAUGAUGGAUUCUAUUGGACAGACCUAUGUUUUACAUGAAAGAAAUCUUGAUGAUGUAAAGAUAUUUAUUGAAUAUUUAAUGCAAAUAAGAGAAUUACUUAAUGUCCAAUUAGAAAGUACUGAAGAAGGAAUACUUAAGAGAGGUUUAUGGCAAUUAAUGAACAAUAGAAUUUUCUUUCAACAUCCUGAUUUAAUGCGUCUUCUUAGAGUACAUGAAGAUGUUAUGACUAUAAUGAUGAAUGUAUUAACUAGACAACAGUCAGCCGUUGAAGCUGCUGAAAGUGGUGGUGGGGAUUUACCCGGACAAACUAAUGCAUCUGAAAUGGUUGUAGCUUGUUCUCGUUUUCUUUGCUACUUUUGCCGUACUUCUCGUCUAAACCAAAAAGCAAUGUUUGAACAUCUUUCUUUCUUAUUAGACAAUGCUACAAUGCUUUUGGCACGUCCCAGUUUACGUGGUUCUGUUCCUUUAGAUGUUGCCUAUUCUUCUUUCAUGGAUAAUAAUGAACUGGCACUUGCCUUGAAGGAAGAAGAAUUGGAUAAGGUUGCCGUUUAUUUAAUGCGUUGUGGACUUCAACCAAACUCUGAGCUUUUAGCUCGGGAUUAUCCAGACAUUGGAUGGGAUCCAGUAGAGGGUGAAAGAUAUUUAGACUUUCUUCGUUUCUGUGUUUGGAUUAAUGGAGAAAAUGUUGAAGAGAAUGCUAAUCUUGUUAUUAGACUUCUCAUUCGUAGACCAGAAUGUUUAGGUGUGGCAUUGAAAGGAGAGGGGCAAGGAUUGUUUGCUGCAUUUAAGGAAGCAAUUUCUUUAUCAGAAGAUGUACGCCACUUGGAAGAAGGGGAAGACCCUCUCCUUCUUAAUUCUCAAAUUCUUCGUGAUCAUGGAAAAUAUCCAUCUAAAGAAAUUGAAGGCGAAGACUAUAUGGAUCUUGGGGCAUCCAUUCUCGAUUUUUAUUCCUCUCUUGUUGAUUUGUUGGCAAAAUGUGCCCCGGACCCUUUGACAAUCCAAGCAGGAAAAGGUGACAGUGUUCGAGCUAGAGCAAUACUUCGUUCAUUGAUAUCACUGGAUGAUUUGCGACACAUUCUUGCAUUGCGAUUUACUAUACCCAAUCUUGUGGCUAGCGGAGGAGGUAUUGGAAAUGGUGGCACUGCUGCUGCUCAUGAUGCUCUUCUUUAUACUUUCUCAAGCUUACUUUUCUCAAGCUUAAAAAAUUUUAUUAACACAAAUAAUUUUUCGUUGAAGUGCAUCCCCCCUUUAACAUUCCAUCUAACAAAUUUUCCAAAUCCAUUUCCUUCAGUAAAUGGUAUUCUCAAGAACAACAACCAGAAUCAAUUUAAAAAUAAUUCUAACUACAUAAAUAAUAAUCAAGAAUAUUCAAAAACUUCGAAGCCCCCCUUUUCUAAAUUCUCUUCUUCCAAUUCAAUGGAAUCUAAAAUGCAUGGGCUUGUAGAUACUACAAAUACAUUUGCUAACAUUGCUGCAACGCUGAGUGCUCGUGUCCGUCAACAGUCUAUUUCUGUUAAUUACAGAGCUUCAACCUUGCUUAAAGCACUUAACACACCAGCUUCAAAGGCUGCGUUAUUUCAUCAAUUAACAACACAAAAUAACAUGCCUAACAAUAAUAAACAACCCCAAUCGAAUUAUCAAACAGCAAAUAAUAGUAUUGCUAGUACUAGAUCAAACUCACCAUUAAAAGAGGUUUCAGAAGACAGCAGCAUAUCUGGAGAUAACAUAGAAACUUCUACAACACCAAUUCCGCCGCCCUUAUACAACGAAGGAUUGUUUUGCCGACGCAGGGGGGUUUCUUUGCCUAAACGGAGUGCUUGCAGUGAUUUACGUGCAGCCACAAUGAUGGAUUCACCUCGAGCCUUAGAAUCUGAUACAGCACUAGCUUUGAAUCGUUAUCUUUGCAAUGCUGUUCUGCCUCUUUUAUCAAACCAUUCACAUUUCUUCGCAGAUGCCGAACAUCAUGCACCUUUAUUGGAUGCAACACUUCAUACUGUCUAUAGAAUGAAUCGCCUUCGAUCUUUAACUAAAAAUCAGAGAGAUGCUGUUAGUGAUUUCCUAGUGGCGUUAAGUCGAGAAUUACCUCCCACAAUGAUGGUUAAAUUGUUGAGAAAAGUUAUUGCCGAUAUUCAACAAAUGUCGGAUAAUGUACUUGUCCCUUUGAGGAUAAUUACUUUGCAUUAUGAACGUUGUAAUAAAUAUUAUGGGAGUGGAAAUUCUUUGGGUGCUGCAUCUGAAACAGAGAAACGAUUAUCAAUGCUUCUAUUUUAUGCUAUAUUUGAUUCCCUCUCCUCUAAACCUUAUGAUCCUGAAUUAUUUGGAAAAGCAUUGCCCUGUUUGACAGCUAUCGGUUCUUCAAUUUCACCUGAUUAUGCUCUCACUUCUGAACGAGCUGAACUUACUACUUCCCAAGACUACGAAGGUGUUUGGGUUCCCCAACAAUUAGAUUACUCAAAAGUUACAUUAAAUAAUGAAUUAAAUGCAAUGGUACAAAAAUUUGCUGAGCAUUUUCACGAUUCCUGGGCUGCACGUAAAUUAGACAAAGGAUGGACACAUGGAUUAUUAUAUUCAAGGCGAACAACUAAUCAUCCUCGUCUUGUUCCAUUUCAUCGUUUACAGGAUUAUGAAAAAGAAUUUUAUAAAGAACGUUGUGCAGAAUGUAUUAGAGCACUUGUUGUUUGGGGAUAUCAAUUCGAAUUAGUUGAUCAUGAUGCUAAUGAACGUGCCAAUCAGAGUAGAGUACUUUCUGGGAGAAAUGAGCGUGAUUUCAAUCCUCGUCCUGUUGAUCUCUCUAAUAUGAAUUUGGAUAAAGAAAUUCUUCAAGUCGCUGAACAAUUGGCAGAGAAUUCCCAUAAUCUUUGGGCAAGAAAAGUGUUUGAUGAUUUAGCAGAUAAUAGUGCCCAAUAUCCUUCAAUGCCUCUUGCUCUUGUUCCAUGGGAAUUAUUGACAGAUUUUGAAAGGCGUAAAGACCGCUUCAGGGCCCAAGAAGUCCUUAAAUUCUUUCAAUUUCAUGGAUAUCGAAUUUCUAGUUCGUCCGACUCAGUGGAUCAAAUGUCAAUUGUUGACCGUUUCAAAAUUGAUGGAGGGGCAACAGCUAGUUGCACUACUUUAGGUGCUGAUCGUUCUUCUGUUGAAAAGCGUUUUGCUUUUAAUUUACUUGAAAAGUUACUUGCUUAUCUUGAACAAGCCAAUGUUCGAAUGAAAUCAUUAAAACCUUCACAUGAAUUAACAAAAAGAAAUUCUUUUCGGAGAGAAGGACAAGAUGUUAAAUUUUUUGAGAAAGUUGUUCUUCCAUUAAUGUUCGCCUACUUUAGUGCCCACAGAAAUUAUUUUUUGGCAAGUAGUUCAAUGGUACAAACUGGGACUGCUUCAAAUAAAGAAAAGGAAAUGGUAGCAAGUCUUUUUUGCCGUCUUGCGGCUCUUUUGAGAAUUAAAAAUCAUGCUUUUGGCAGUGUUGCACGUAUCACAGUUAAAUGUCUUCAAGGGUUAACGCAAGCCUUGGAUGUACGAACGUUAGUGAGGAUUAAUUCUGACAUAAUUCGAACAGGUGUUUUUAAUACAAAAUUCUAUCAGAUACUACUAAGGAUUAAAACUUAA